AUGACCUCCAGGUGUUUGCUGCAUGUUUGCCUCAUACUGCUCUUCUCCACUGAAAUCCCAUCUCGGCUCUGUACCAUGCUUCACUUCCAGCAGAACAAAGUGAACAAAGAGAGGUUGGAGCUUCUGAAGAAAAUGAGCGGAAAUGUCCCCUCACAAUGCAUACAUGAAAGGGCAGCUUUCAAGCCCGCCCAGGAAGUUUCCCAACUCCCACUGUUCCACAAGGAGAAUGCCAAGGUGGCAAUCCAAGAGAUCCUCCAAGAGAUCUUCAACAUCUUUAGCAAAAACCUCACCCAAAGUACCUGGGAUGGGACUUCUAUAGUCAGGUUCCAAAAUGGACUUUACCAGCAAAUUCAGCGGCUGGAGGCAUGUUUGAGAGCACAGCUGGAGAAGGACUUACCCAACUCAGAAAGUGAGGACCUCCAGCACACCAGUCAGAGAAUGAAACAAUUCUUUUAG